CGAUGAAAAACCCGCCGCCGCGCUCGCCAUGACCUCGCCCUUCCCUCACCACUCCCGACACCGCUGAACCUUCUCUCCACCUCUCAACCAAUACUAAUUCGGAGAGCCCCAGUCAUGUCGUACAACCCGAAUCCACCCCACGGCAACCCCGCGGGAGCUCAAGACAUGGCCUCGAACUUCAGUGCCAUGCUCGCACGCUCAAUGCAGCCUCCCCAGGCGGAGGGUGCCAUCGCCGAAGCUGCGAGCACACCACCGCCUGCCGCUGGCUAUGGAGGAGUGUACAAUGCACCCCCGCCGAGCCAAUACCACGCCGCUCUUGGCCCAGCUUCAGUGCCGCAGUCCCAGGCCGUCUUACCAGUUGAUCUGCCGCCGCAAGCGUUCUUGACGUCCGCUAUGCUUCUCGACCUGGUUGACAAGAAGAUCACGGUUCUCCUCCGUGACGAGACCGAAUUCAUCGGCAUCCUCCGGUCCUAUGAUCAAUAUGGAAACCUCGUCCUCACUGAAGUGGUACAACGCUGGAGCGCUGCAAACCCAGAAUGGGAGAAUGACAACACCCUCCGAAAGUGGCUCAUUGCUGACGUUCGCCAGCCAGGCGUGCAGAUCGUUCGAGGAGAGAAUGUCAUGAUCGCCGGUACCGUUGAUCUCGACAGGGAGGACGACCCGAGACAAUGCGCGUUUGGUCCCGAGAAACUCGUCAAAGAAUUGGCAACUGCCCAGAAGGCUGCCAAGAAAGUUGAGAAGGAGAAGCAGGCCAAGAAGCUUAGGAAGGCCGGGAUCGAGCCGGGUUUCGAUUUGCAGUGAUCAUUGGAGUAUGGAGGGAGCUGCAUUGAUGCAUUUCACAUACGAAUUAAUUAUGGUGGAAUGAGCUUGAUGUUAGGCGCUAGCAUGAGCGGCUACGUUUGUUAUGGUAAACUAAAUGAUACCAGGACAACAAUGUCCACCGGGGAUUAGCUUUCUCUCAUGAUGGAUUGCUG